CAUGAUUUUUUAGAAACAGGAGCAGUAUUUACAAUUGGACGAAGUAGAUUUGCGGACAACGUUGCAUCGCAUUUUUUCAUACGCAGGGAUCCGGUGCUCUCUAUUACUUGCGGAGAUGAACAUUCUGCUGUUAUAUGUCAAACCGGUAGACUCUUCGUCUUCGGAAGCAAUGAUUGGGGUCAACUUGGUCUCGGUCAUAAAAAUCAUAUCAGCAAGCCAUCCUGUGUAAAAGCUCUGAAGCCGGAAAGGGUCACUCACGUUGCAUGCGGACGAGCACACACGCUAAUUUGCACAGGAUCGCAGAAGAUUUUUGCGUGUGGCAGCGAUCAAGAAGGACAACUUGGUCGAGGAAUUUCCGCAAUAGGCGAUUCCGUAAAUACUCCUGUAUUGGUGUAUGAUUCGGGACUAUCAGGAUCAAAGGUCGUCCAAAUUGCUGCUGGCUCCCAUCAUUCUCUCGCACUUACCAGCGAUGGUGGUGUUUUCGCAUGGGGUAGCAACCUCGAGGGCCAAUUGGGACUUCCAGAUGUAUCUGGCUUGGUGAACAAACCGACCAAAGUACAUAUUCCUGAACCUGUUAAACAAAUUAGCGCCGGAUAUUAUCAUUCCACGUUUCUGACAGAAAGUGGUCUCGUUUACGUGUGUGGUGAGUCAGAAAGUGGGAAAUUGGGGAUCGAUGCCAGCUUUUCUACACAGGUCGCGCCUAAACAGAUGCAAUUACCGAGUCCUGCUGUACAUGUCGCGUGUGGUGGUCAUCACACCGUCAUUCUAGCUGAAAAUGGGAAUUUAUAUUGCACCGGAAGUAAUUCGAGCGGUCAGCUUGGUCUAGGAACUAAUUUGUCGGAACUUCAUAUACCGAAACUUCUUCCACGUGGCAUGCUUCGAAAUGAAACAAUUACUCGAAUAUCUUGCGGGGAAAGUCACACCGCUGUUGUUACUGAAUCUGGAAAACUGUAUACGUGUGGCGACGGAAGGCACGGAAAAUUAGGAUUGGAGGAGAACGAGAACAACGUCCAUGAACUGACUUUCGUUCAAAGAUACAAGGAGCUCUUCGUUUCGGAUGUUGCGUGUGGUGGCUGCCACACGAUCUUAGUCGGUCAAAGACGUGACACGAAUAAUCGCUCGCAAAAAGAAGACAACUCGCAAACGGAACACAUUCAAAAAAGAAAUUCAUUGCCACCAUUAAAGCUUCCCGUAAACAGGCUGCAAAGUGAGACUCAUGACGAAAAUGUUAAUGAAAUAAUCAAAGAUAGGUUGAAUCAAGGAAAUAAUAUUACGGAAUCUGUAACAAAUGCACAGGAAGCUGUGGAAACAUCUAUGGAAACAAUCGAAGAAAACAUAAAAAAUAAGGUAGAUGAUGUCACGAAUAACGUUAUAGAUUCCAUGAAUAAUAUCGAAAAAUCAGAUAGUCCUCAAAAUAGUCCUGAAAAAUCUACGAAUGACAAGCCAGAAGAAAUAUCAUCGAAUGCUGUGUCUAACGAAGAAAACGCUGAAAUGGCAUCGAAAGAAAUGUCAGCUAAUAUGGGCGAAUCCGAAGAAUCGAAACUAGAAAACGAAAAUUCAGUACUAAAGAAGGAGGAAGAAGAAUCAACGAUGAAGACACACGUUAAAAGCGAAAACGUCCAAAAAGAAAAGAGAUCUGAAUCAAUGGAUAAAGAGGAAAAUAACGAAGGAAACAAUAACGAAACGACCACAGAAGCUACGAUAAAUAAUAUGGGAAACAAAAAAGAAAUUACUAUUGAAAAUGGUAAUACGGAAAAUAAAGAUGAAACAGAUGGUAAACGAAAGAAUAGUGAAGAUGUUAAGACAGAACCAAUGGAAGAGUCGAUGGAACCAAGCAAUGGCGAUGAUACUAAACUAGAGACGAGUCCUGAGAAACAAACGUCUCCCUCGGAUUCCACGCCACCGCCAAAACCACCGAGAUUAAAAUCUACAAAUGAAAAUUCUUCCACCGACAAUGAGAAAACAUCGUCGAUGGAAAGAGAAAAUGAAAUAAAGACGGAAGAUACUCCAGAAAAGAAACCAGAAGCAAUUGAAGGAAAUGAGUCGGAGAAAAAAAAGGGAUCAGGGUCGAUGAAAUCCACGAGGAGUAGCGGGAGUAUUAAGUCUACAAGGUCGAGAGUGAACAUGGAAGACACGAUAGAGAUCGACAAACAAACCGACAAAGCUAAAAUUAUUGAAGAAGAAAAAAUGAAUAACGAUAAUGUUCAGGACGAUGCUGAUGUGCAGUCGCCGCCUCCAAGAACUGGUAAAAUGUCGAAGAUAUUUAAAAGUAAGAAGCCACAAGCAACAGAGAACGGUACGAAGACAACUGGCAUUGCGAAUCAAAAAUCCAAAGUAUGUAUAGCGCUGUGUUUAUACAUAUUUUUAAUAUAACAUUUUCCAACAAAUUUCUUUCAUUUUCAGUCGAAAACGUGUAUUAUCCUAUGAUUAAGAUGUCUUCAAGGAUGUAUUAUAUUUCAUUGUAUUUUUUACAAUACGUGUAUGACGAACGUGAAAUUGGGACCAAGUGAAGUGAUACUAAAAAAUGAUUUUAUUUGCGAUCAGAGAUAACAUUCUUUUCCAUUGUUCAUAGAAGAAACUCUCGUAUAAUGGGGCAGUAUAAUUUUUAAUCGUUUCUUUCACUUUUUACCAAACAAUUCCAUGUAAUAAAGAUGACGAUGUAAAGGAUGAAAAAUGUACUUACGAUUAGAAACAUAACAUCGAAAUCUAUUAUUCCUAGAAGCGUAGAAGAGUAUUAUUAGCAGUAAAAAACAUCUAAUCAAAAAUAAUUAUGGCGACGGAAAAUGAAUUUACGCAAAAUAAUGUUUUUUUCAAAUAUUUUGAUAUUAUCUGAAUAUUUUAAAGUAUUAAUACUGUAUCAUAAACCGAAUUGUAACAAGCGUCAUCUUUUUUUCGUGCUCAUACAUACUUCGUUAAAUCAAGUAAAUAAUUUUGUAAAGUCGAAUUGUGACCCGUCAAAUGUGUAUAAUGGAAUCCUUUUACCGUACUCGUAAAACAAUACUUCAGUGGCGAAACUACUUGUAGAUAUAACAUGUAUUCUAAAACAGAAUGAUUUUUGACAUAAAUGACUGAGAAUUCGGUGUAGGGAUAAAGUAAAUUAACUGUAACACGGUUAGAAUUAACAAUAGUUACAACAUAUAUUUCAUGCGGUCUUCACAUAUCGCGUGUAAUCAUUCUGAAUAUUCUUUUGUAUAACUUCUGUGAAUAAAUAAAGGUAGAUUUAGAGAAAUAAAAUAAAAUCACUUCUAUUCUAAACGCUACUUAGAUUGCGAUUUUUAUGCAAAUUCAUAUUUUUUAAUUAAAGAAUAUGAGGAAGACGUCUCUUAAGUUUGAGAUCCUGUUU